CACUUUGUCUCUUUUUGAGCUAAAUCAACUUAACCCUUUCAUUGCCUACUGUCUUCCUCUUCCAUGGUAGAGAGAUGGGGAAGCUAAGCCAUGAUCUACACAUCCAGCACUUCAGCCAUCCCCAUCUGCUAGAGCUAACCAAUUCUCAGACUCUUCACAUCGGUCCAUGUUCAGGCUGCAAGCUCCAAUCCUCAGGAUGGAUGUAUACUUGCAAGCCUUGUAACUUUACCCUACAUACAUCCUGCAGCCAACUGCCACAACUCAUCACCCAUCCAGCCCACGCCGGUCACUCUCUGAGCCUCCUCCCAACCCCCGCCUACCCCAUUGGCUAUUUCAGCUGUGAUGCCUGUGGUCAACAAGGCCAUGGCUUCAACUACCACUGCAACCAGUGUGAUUUUGAUAUCCACUCCAUCUGUGCUUCCAAGCCACUUUCUCUCCUCCACCCAUCUCAUCCUUGCCAGCUUCAACUCUUCUUUUACCCUCCUUAUCAAACCAAAGGCUUCUCUUGUGAUAUCUGCCAUCAGAUUGGGUCAAACCAUUGGCUAUAUCGCUGUAGUAUAUGCGAAUUUGAUGUCCAUUUGACUUGUGCAAGUACUGCAACAUAUACAAGCACAACUAGGCAAGCAAACAUCCAGUUUCAGCCACGGAAUUCAUUUCCAGGACCAGGACAAAACAAUACGCAGUAUACGAGUGGCCCUGUACAAAUGAAUAAUCAAUGUUAUAUGCAGCCGCAGAGCCAAAACGAUGGAACAGCCAUGUCAGGAAACGCUUUGAUGGGUGCUGUAGUUCAGGGCUUUGUAGAAGGAGCAUCUCAACAAGUUGGCCAGAAUUUUGUGCAAAGUUUAAUGGGUAAUGAUUCCAAUAAUGGUGGCAAUAGUGGCAAUGGUAACAAUGGUGGCAAUAAUUCUUCUUCGUCUAUAGUUGAUAUUGGGUCUUUUCUUUGGAGUGGCGUGUUCGGUACUUCCUGACCAUGGCCGAAAAAUUGGAUGAUCAUCAAGAAUUCAAGAUGGGCAACCCCAGUGAACCGGUGCAAUUGGUGUAUAAGAUUAAAACAUGAGAAAAACAAUAAUAAUCAGAAGCUGAAUUGGUUUUUUUCUUUUCUUUUUUUUUUAUAUAAACUUUUGUUGUGCCAUAAGGCAAUGACUUAAAAGGGUUGAAAUCUUUUGUUUAAUGUGAAAGACAACUUUCUUUCCUCUGCAACUGCCAAUAGUUUUAUACAAGUUCAAACAGCAUUCAUAUACAUGAAAGGGCUUAAGCACCCAACUUCUAGCCAGGCCCAUGUUGAAUGGUUUCUUUUGGCCCAAUAAAGUGAAAUAAAAAUCCUGUCAUUAACAUAAACCCUAGUAAUUAUCAUUAAUUAGACAGAUUUCAUAUCUCAUAGAAUUUCAGCCAUGAAAACGACAAAUGCUCUGAUGAAAUUCGUAGGAAUCAUCAAACUGCACAAAAACAGGAAACAGACAAGAUGAACCCGUGUGAAAGUUCCAACACUGAUGGCUGGUACGAUGAAUCUCCCCUACCUGAGUGCCUGGUGAUAGAAAUCCUUGUUAGAUUGCCUGUUAAAUACGUUUUCGGAUUCAAGUGCAUCUCCAGGCAGUGGCUUUCUAUCAUAUCAGAUCCUGGUUUUGCCAGGUUUUAUAUUUCUCACGAGUCGUCAGGUUCAACCACAGCAUGGACGUUGCUACGUAAUUUAAAUUGCAAAUAUGAAGAAAUCAUCAUGAAUUAUGCAGGUUUUUCUGAUUCGGUACCCUCUUCGGGUUUAAUUCUUGAGUUCCUUUUUCUCAUCUGUUUCAACAUUUCGAGAUGAAUAUUAUGUUAUCAAGGAAUCAAGCUAUGGAUUGCUGCUAUACUUGAUACUCAAAGAAAUCUAUGGCUCUACCUCCUGCACCCACCAUCUUUUCCAUAUUUGAUAUUCAUAAGCAAUCAAAACAAAAUCGACAUCUGAUUUUUGCUACUAAGGUUGAAGGGGUUAUCGCUACAGGAUACAAGGUGGUUCAACUUAUAAUACCUCGUGGAGGUACUGCAUUCUUGGACCUUGAAAUCUUUUCUUCUGAAACAGGUGAAUGGACAAGUACCCAGGUGCAUUGUUCCCAAGGUGUACUUAUCAAAAGAGCUAGAUUUAAACCCAUUGCUCUAAAUGGGAUUCUUUAUAUCUAUGAUGAUAAUAAUCCUCUUCUAAGAUAUGAUUUAGACAGCAAGGACGAUCGGUGUCAAUGUAUUCCAAUGCCUAACAGAAAAUGGAAUCCUGUUUCUUUUUAUACCAUACACAAUAUCAACCAAGAUGAUCUUAGAUAUUUUUACAUAAAUGAAACCGAGUUGCAUAAGAAUCUGAGUCUGGAACUAUGGGUACUCAACUCAGGGGAGUAGUGUUUGAAGCGUGAAGUUGCAAUUGAGUUAUAUCAAUGAUGAUGCUGACUAUCCUACGACUCAUGACCCAUUUCUAUCAAAAGUUCAUGUCUAUCCUCUAUACUUUCACCCAUUUUAUAUCAAUUAAGUGUAUCUGCGGUUUCUUGAAGUGUCAAGAGUCUCAAGACGUUACCGUUAUGGAAUUGCAGUUUGCGACCUUCAUACUGGAAAGCUGAAAGUUUGCAAAGAACUGCCCUUUUCAUAUUUUGAUAGCCUUCACUUCUUCCUUCCACCGUGGCCAACAACAAUAUCCCAGCCCUUUACGUCAUUUUUUUCCUUCCUUUAAACAUGAUACAACUACAAAAUCCCACCAAAAUCCAAUGUAAUUUUUUUUUUCAGUUACAAAGAACACAGACAAGCUGCCGUAAAAAACUUCUCCUUUUACUCUUCCAAUUGAGUUCAGUAACAGAAAAUCCUUGUUUUUUUUUUCGAAGAAUUAUGCUUGAUAUGGGUUAAAGAUCAUGAUUUGGUUUUAAAUUGAAGUUUUCGUUUAUGCCUCUGUUUAGAGAUCAAGCAACAAAGUGGCGUGC